AUGAAACAGGGAGAGUUUAUGUCUUCUCCCAGAAAGUCUAUGGUUGUUGAAAAACCUAUUGAUUUACUGCAACCAUAUUCACCAAAGACACCAGUGAUACUCCCGCCCAGUGGGGGUGAUGUAAAUGUUACGCAUGGAGCAUGUGGGGGCCCGGAGGGUGACACACUUGUUAGUCUCAGCCAAGAGAAUGAGGAAGAGUUAGAUAACCGCUCUGAAGCCAGUGAACAGAUUGAACACGGCACACAUUCUAAAGCAGCGAGUGUUUGUAGUCACGCUUCAGAAACAUCAACAGAGUUGAGACAUAGCAAAGAACAUAAAAGGAUGGAAGGGAUGAAAAGAGAAGUUAAACAACUGAAGAAAAUAGUGUUAGAGCAUGAUCGUAAUAAGCACAGCCUGAUACAUUCAAAAGAACCUCUGAGAGUCUCAAUGCAAGGUGAAAUGUUCCUUGAGAGGUCAGGCACUAGAUCAGGCAUGAACUACCACCCACUUUCUGAUCACGAGUCACAGGGCCAACUAAAUGCAGAGAGACCAGACACAGGAAGCGAGCGGAAGCAUCAAGUUUAUCAGUGGGUAGCAUCUCAAUCACUGAAGAGCAAGUUGUUAAACACAGAGCCAGCACCACUUCCAACGGCCACCUCACAACUUUUCGGAGAACCAGACCAAGAUAGGGUAGAUGGUACACAGUUUCCCAUAGUGGUGCACAAAGGAACUAAAAAAUAUCAACCAUGGACACAUAGUGAUCUCACUGCUAUAAUGAGUAAACUCCCACCGAUCACUAGUGGUGGAGGGAGAUGGUUAAAUAAAUUGAUUACAUUGAGUCAUGGUGUAGUUCUGGCCGUGGGUGAUAUCAGGUGUCUGUUAGGGCAAAUUUUAAGUAAAGCUCAAGUACAGGAUUUUGAAGAAAAUGCCAAUUUGACAUUGACAGAUAACGAAGCAUUGUAUAGUACGGUGAGUACAGACAUCGGUAAGGCGCUUAGGGCCCAGUUUCCCACUCCACCAACAGUGUACCAAAACAUUAAAUUCAAAAUUAAACCAGAUGAGACAGGAGCGGCUUAUUAUUUCAGAUGCAAUGCUGAAUGGGAACAAUUGACAGAAGAAAAUGGGUUAAAUAACCCAGUCACCAGGGACAUAUUCAGGUCAGCUGUAAUGGCAGGUGCACCAGCUGGAGUCAAACAAACCAUGGAAAAUAGUCCAGACAUCCCGUCAGCUUCUAAUGAACUAUGGGAGAGACAUUUGAUAUUUUACAUAGAAAAGGCCUUAGAUAAAUCUAAUAAAGAGUUGGCUGAGGUUGAUAGAUUGAAAAAUGACCUACUUAAAUUACAAUUGGAGCAAGCAAAACAGGCCACUAACAAAAAGAAACAGAUGACACAACAAGCCCAACCACCCACCACUUCAGGUCCCCCGAAUGGGCAAAGACCCAACCAGUAUUCAAACCAGUAUGCCCCACCAGAUCCAUAUAUAGGCCCACCAUAUUCAGGGAAUCCCUGGGGAGGGUAUCAACAGUAUAGAGGGGCUCCCAGAGGUAGGGGUAGCGUAAACAGGGGAGGAUACGGCGGCUAUGGAGCUAGUAUAUGUUAUGUGUGCGGACAGGAAGGUCAUUGGGCCCGUAGAUGCCCUCAAGUUGUGCCACAGCCCCAAUAUUCCGGUGUAAGGUAUCCACUUAACGCACCAAAUGCAAGGGGAUGGGGUCCCAAUAGAGGAGGUGGCGGGCGUGGAAAUGGUGGUUUUGCCAGGGGACCACCAGCACCACACAACUCAUCAUCACCUGAUUUAAUGGCGCCUGUGCACCCAUCAUGGGGUCAUGGUGAUGGUGCAGAGGAAUGA